AUGAAGUUCUCCGUUGCUUUCCUGACGGCAGCGCUCGCCACCUCAGCGGUUGCAGCUCCUUGGACGCUCGCCGACCGGAUAAAAGCCCGCGCAGAAGGCAGACAACUCCAUCAUUCCAACCCUUCCAAGGCAUUUGGAGCCAGUGAAGAACGGACAUUCAGCGCCCAGAGCGAUGAAACCAACAACACAGUCUAUGGCCCCCACUACUCACCCACUUGGGGCGGUGCUGUCCUCCGUACUCCCUCCCGCAGCACCUUCAAGACAGCCACAGGUCGCUUCACCGUUCCCGUCCCUAGACACGUUCCUGGAGCCGGCAAGGAAUCAGCAGCAGCAUGGGUCGGCAUUGACGGCGACACAUGCGAAGGCGCAAUUCUCCAGACCGGGGUAGACUUCACCAUCGACGAGAACGGAAACGUCAACUAUGAAUCGUGGUAUCAGUUCUUCCCCGCCGAUUCUGGCGACUACAUAAACUUCAAAAUCCGCGCCGGCGACGUCAUGCAGGUCGACGUCAACGCACGGUCAAACUCUCGAACCCUCAGCACCGGCCAGAGCAUGGGAAAGACGUUGACCGCAGCACGGGGAUCGGAGCUGUGUCAACAGAAUGCCGAGUGGAUUGUGGAAGACUUUACAUAUGAUGGGGUGCAGGUCCCGAUGAGCGACUUUGGUAUGGUGGUGUUUACGAAUGCGGCUGCUACGCAUUCUGAUGGUAGUAAGGAGGGGCUUGAGCGCGCUACGGUCUUCAAUCUCCGCAAGGACGGUGAUUAUUAUACGGAGGCUACUAUCGACAGCGCUUCUCAGGCGACUGUCAAUUUCACAUACCGGUACUAG